GCUAUUUUAGCUUCAACCAUUAGACUCACUCAGCUUUUAUAUUUGGUCUAUGAAUGUAAUGCAGUAGUAGAAAUUCUGAAGGUUGGAUUUUUAGCCUGAAAUUUGAUUGACAUGGAAGUUGAAGAUCCAGGCUCAGAACUGGAAGCAAGUGAACAAAUGGAAAGACGUGAUGAUUAUGCAGUGAUUGACAUGGAAGACCCGUACUCAAAAUUGGAAACUUCUCUAAUGAAGGAAUUGGGAUCUUUUAAUGAUUUGUUUGAAGAAUGCAACAUCUGUAGAGUUCAAGAGAGUGUACGUGAGCUAGAUGAAGAAGCCUACACACCUCAAAUAGUCUCUAUUGGUCCGAUUCAUCACGGUAAACUAGAGUUAAAAGUAAUAGAAGAUUAUAAAAGGAGAUUUUACAAAAGUUUUUUUGAAAGAAGUAAUCGGGUGCGCUUGAAAGAUUUCAUUGAAGUUAUAAAGGAAAAUAUGUGUGAUUGUUAUGCAAACACCAUUGAAAUGGAUAGUGAUGAUUUUGUGAAAAUGAUUUUAAUGGACGUUGUCUUCAUUUUGGAGGUACCAUUAACGCAUAUUGAAGAGGAACACUUUAUUUAUGAUAGUGUAUUUCGUCCUCCAAGUAAUAUAUAUGAUGUUGCAAAUGACUUGUUUUUGCUUGACAAUCAGCUUCCAUUCUUCAUUCUUAAAGAUUUGUUUAGGCUAGCCGAUGUAGACAUAUCCUUUAACAAUCAAGAGAAGUCUUCUAUUCUUCAGAUUGUUCAUGGUUUCACCCGUUGGUAUUGGGGCUACUUGGGAAUAGAGAAGAACUUUGAUUAAAGUAAAUAUUCGAGGGUGAAGCAUCUUAUUGACUUUCUAAGAAUUUCUAUUGUACCUUUUAAUCCACAGUUGAAAGAGAAACCAAAAGUUCUAACAACACCAAGUGUAAAAGAACUACAUAAAUUAAGCUUGAGUGAGGUUUAAGUUGGAGUUAAACGAAAACUUACUUGACAUAAGAUUUCACAAUGGAAUAUUACAAA